UGACGCGCCCAUGCGGUGUCUGCCGGUUUGCUAGCCGCGAGGCUAGUCAGCCGGAGAAAGGUACCGGGAAAAGGAAGAGCUGCUCAGUCUACAGCAUGACAGUCGCGGCAGAGUGAGCUACUGUUCCGGGGGCUGGAGAUUUUCCAGGCAGCAGAUAUAACUCAACUGAGCAAGAGGACUUGCAAUGUGACAGAAGAGGACACAGGGAAAAAAUCACCUGAUGGUCAUGGACUGACAGCUCUGCCUGGUGUAGUUUAGUGGGUGUCUUAUUAGUCAGAAGAAGUUGUUCAGAUUUUCUUUGAUUUACAAGGGUUGGACAAUCAUUAAAAUUGGAAAGUGCAGGAUUGGAGUGAUGCGCCAAUAGCUGAGGGUCUGGCUAAUGUUUAUUUCUUAGCCUACUGAGGUUGUUCCUCUUCUAGAAUCCAGUCUAGGAAUUAAAGGAUGGAUUAUUUUCAGGCCUGCACCCUUCUUGUUAUACUGCUAUUAUCUAGAGGGGUCACUGCUGAAACAGAGAAGAAAACACCAGAUCCAGGAUUAGAAAUCUAUAAGAAACUGUUUGAAGUAAAACGCAAAGACCAGAUGAAUGCACUGAAGAACCUGAUUGAACUCAAUGAUGUGAAUCAGCAAUACAAGAUCAUAGACAUCAUGCUCAAGGGUCUUUUCAAAGUUCUUGAAGACUCCCGGGCAGUUCUUAUAGCAGCAGACGUACCACCAGAUGGGCCGUUCCCUCAGGAUGAGAAGCUAAAGGAUGCAUAUUCCCAUGUGGUGGAGAACACUGCCUUUUUUGGUGAUGUAGUCCUACGUUUUCCCAAGAUAGUGCACCAUUAUUUUGAUCGCAACUCCAAUUGGAACAACCUAAUACGCUGGGGAAUCAGUUUCUGCAAUCAGACGGGUGUAUUUGACCAAGGUUCUCAUUCACAAGUAUUAGGACUGAUGGCUCAAGAGCUAGGAAUUAGUGAAAGGUCGCCAGACUACCGGAAUCCCUUUAAAACAGACAAUUCUGAAUUCUUCCAAAGCACAGAUACAUUCCAGAAGGCUCUCAGAGAGGAAGAGAAGCGGAGGAAGAAAGAGGAGAAACGGAAGGAAAUCCGCAAGGGGCCUCGCAUCUCACGCUCGCAAUCUGAAUUGUAAUGCUGCCACCACCUGCCAUGUCCCUGGGACUCGUGUUGGUGGGAGCUGAGGCAGUUGGAGAAGGAACAUCCCAAUCCCAUGGUGACCUCAGGAAAAUGCCAGGCUGUUGAGGGUUUUUUUUUUGUCAGAUUUUGGAGGUUUUAUUUCUUGUUUCAGCAGGACUUUGGCAACUACUUGGAUUGAGUCCUGAGAAAUUGCCAAAUGGAGAUUAGUAGUUGAGCACAUAUUUUCACAUGGGAAGAUAUUUCCAAGCACCUGGAAUGUAAAGAGUUUGUCAGGGACUGUCCUCAUGUCUCUGUGGUUGUUUUGUUUUGGAGUUAGUUUUAAUAGAGAUUUUUGGUUUUUGUUUCCUAUGACUUUGCCUGUUUGUAAUGCUAAGAGUGCUUCUGGGAGGGAGAAAGAGGAAAGGAAUUUCUGUGGAACAUGCCACCUCUACAAUUUAAUAGCACAGGAUGCUGUGUUUUCUUAUGCAGUCAGAACGGUAAGGUGAUGUGGCUAUAAUGUAUUUCUUUUUCUGAGCAGCAAAUAAAUGUUGAAGGAGUUUUGAAUUCUAUUAAAGGUGAAUAUUUUCAGAAAGUCUAAGCGAGUAUUCUUAAACUACCAACCUUUAAAUAUAUCUGUGCCAUAGGUCCUAUGGCAUAGGGCUUCAAAAAGAUGCUGUUUUUAACAGGACACACUAAUUCAAAGCCUCUUUUGGUUAUAUAAUGGCCUCUUCCUUUCACAGGAGUAUUAAAACAUUUUUUCCUUAAAAAGGAAGGAAAAACACUUACUGUAUUUUGGCUGAAGAAGAUGCCUAUAAGGAUGCAAGCUAAUAAAGAGACUGAGGUAAAGUGAUACAAGCCUUGGGACCUGUAUGAGCUGGCUUGGUAGGUGCUGAGUAUUGAUGCCACUGCUAACUGUCACAGUUUUUUUUAAAGCAGUGUUACCACCACUACUCAGUGGGGGGAAAAACAAAAGGUUAUGGUGAUUUUAUUCCCCUUUCUUAUAACAAGGGAUGGCCCUUUGUUCUCUUUAAGAUACUAAAAGAGCUAGGGAGUACUAUAGUAUAUGAACUGCCAUAUAAAUUUCUUUGGCCCUGUUAUCUAAUGGCAAAAGAGUAGAUCUGUUUUGUCCAUGUCAGCUGACUUUUUAACUUUCCACUAAAUCUCGUUUGCUCCAUUUAUAGUAACUUUGAUAUUUUGAUGGUGACCUUUGUUUUGAAAUGUCAGGAUGACGAGAUACCAAUUUGCCACUGUUCUAAUACUGGGGAAGAGACAGAAAGUCUGACAGUGUGAUUUUGUUCUGUUCUUUUUUUCCUCUUAUACCAAGAAACCAACCUGGACGUGAUCAGGAAUGUUCUGAGGACAUAUUUCUACUUAUCUGCUGCCUUAAUGUUCAGCGGGAACAUGUUGCCUUUUUCUUGAUCUUUUCUAGCAUUCCACAUAGGCUAGGAUUUUGGAUUCCAGUACUCCGGCUUCAGAGCAGAGAUCAGCUAAUGUUGGCCAUUGUACAGACAGUACUCUCAUUCUGAUCCAGAUUUUCUUUACUGGGGAGAUGAUUUGUAGAUUCACACCUUUAUACACACACAAACAGGUACACUAUAGGCAUUUGGCCCAGAAUUACUACAUUUGGCACAGUGGGUAGUUUUUAUUUAGGACUGGAAUCAAUUCACACCAGCAGAUGUCUAUCAGUUCAUAUAACUGGAGCACUAGACUUUCCCUAGCUGUAAGACUGGCUGGUGUCAUGAGUAAUUCUAGAAAACAGCACCCUUGUUGCAUUUGGCAAUCUUGGUUUGGGAUAGAGUUUUCUUCUAAAAUUUUUGACUGAUUUGCACAGGUCUAGAAGAUUGCUUGGUCUUGCCAGUGGGUGAUUAUUUUGUGGGAAACCUAAGGGAAAGGUCUUUCAGGGGAUGUUGUGGUUUGCCUUGUCACCUUCAAGUUACUUUACAAAAAUUAAGACACCUUUUAUUUUUGGAGCAGAGAGCCUGUUAUGCUUGAUUUGUUUCUGAAUAUGUAUUUAAACUGGAUGUCGAUUUUGUUUUUCUUGAAUAAAACGGAACAUUUAAAAAGACUUCCAAAUUUGGCACUUAAUUUGUGAGCUUGGUUUUAGAAGCAUGAAAGAUGGUUUUUAGGACUGUUAAAUAUGAAGGUAGAAUGUUG